AUGCAGCCAGGUGGAAACGCUGCUAUCCCCACAGUUCACUCAGUUGAGACUCGCCCUCACUAUGAUUGGUCUCCCUCCGAUGCUUUGAUGGAUCUCAUGGAAUUAGACACCCCUAUUCAUACUGCCAAGCCGAUGCCCGACUCUGAACGCAAGACUAUCAUUGAAUUCUACCCUCCCAUGGCUCAUCUCGAUUAUCGUGCUCCCGCUACCAUUCCCUCUGCGGAACGCUUGAUGAAUCGUGGACAAAAGUACGAGGACAAUGCCCUCAAGCAACUCCAGUACCUCUUGUCGGUCGUCUUCCGUCCUCUCGACAUCCUCACUAAAGAAAUGUUCACGGCUGAGCAAGGUAAUCCCAACUUGGAACGUUAUAGCAUCAUGUUGCGUGAUGUCCGUCGUCUCCUCCUUCAUGUUUGUUCCAUGAUGACACAACAACGUAAUAAUAUUGCUCUGCGUGCUCACGAUCCCUCGUAUCGUCUUAACGAUGCUUCUGAAGUCAAUUAUACUCUUCCUUUGGACGGGUAUCAGCAAACUCUCACUCAACAACAUGCGGCUAAAAAGGCUAUCCGUGAGGCUACUACCCCUCGUAGACAACGUCGUUUCAACCGUAAUUCUUCCAACUCUAGCUCUGCUGCAGGUGGAUCAGACUCGUCGUUUUUUCGAUCAGGUCCACCCUCGGAGCAGGGUGGUUUUUUCAUCAACAACAACAGCAACAACUUCAACAACAACAACAAUUUUCGCCCCAAAAACUACAGCAACUACAACAGCAACAACAAGAAGAACACCAACCCUUUUCGUCAGUAA